AUGGCGUCGGUGUCACCAUUAGCCAAGUAUAAACUGGUGUUCUUAGGAGAUCAAUCAGUCGGAAAAACAAGCAUCAUCACACGUUUCAUGUACGAUAAGUUCGACACAACCUACCAGGCUACUAUUGGAAUUGAUUUUUUAUCCAAGACAAUGUACCUCGAAGAUCGAACUGUUCGUCUGCAGCUAUGGGAUACAGCUGGACAAGAAAGAUUCAGGAGUUUAAUCCCAAGUUACAUAAGAGACUCUUCUGUUGCUGUAGUUGUUUACGACGUAGCCAAUAGGCUUUCAUUUCUCAACACAUCCAAAUGGAUCGAAGAAGUCCGUACUGAAAGAGCCGGUGAUGUUAUCAUUGUUCUUGUCGGAAACAAGACAGAUCUUGUCGAAAAAAGGCAAGUCUCGAUUGAGGAAGGAGAGAGCAAAGGUCGUGAGUACGGAGUCAUGUUCAUUGAGACGAGUGCGAAAGCAGGAUUUAACAUUAAGCCAUUGUUUCGCAAAAUCGCUGCGGCGUUACCGGGGAUGGAAUCAUAUUCAAACACGAAAACUGACGAUAUGGUUGAUGUAAACCUGAAAACGACUUCGAAUUCAUCUCAAGGUGAUCAACAAGGAGGAGGUUGUUCGUGUUGA